CAAAGUUAUAUGAAAGGAAUAUAAAUGAAAUAAGUCUAAAUUUCUGGAGUAUGAAGGAAAUGUAAGAUCAUGUAGUCCUGGCAUUUUAGGCUUAGAGAUAACCACAGGCAGCGCGGUUCCAGGCUUGGGAUUUGGCAUUCCUGACUCACACACCAGUCACUGUUCUUUCCGUUCACUUUGCUGCUUCAUGAACUCUGGUUGCUUGUCUGUCACUCUUCUGCAUAUACAAGGCGGCUGGGUUUUGGUUACACUAGGGGAGAAAACCCUCUAAUCCCUUGAAUGGUUACAAUAAAAGAGAUGCGAGGAAAUUUUCUGUUUCCUACUUGGGAGUCUUACACAUUCACUUUGUAAGUAUUGAUGGUGCUGGCAGUUUAUAAACAUUCAUUCAUUCUUCAUUUAUUCGGCAAUGACUGCAUACUAAACAAUAGGUUCUAAUGUCUCAAGAACAGGAGCAUGCCUUAUGAAUUUCCAUAUCCCCAAGUAGGUCCUCGCUGAUGAGUGAAUAAUUAAGUCAUAGUUUCUGCCUUCAGGAAAUCCUUAGUCAAGUUGGAGAGACAGACAGGCAAGUCAAUGAUAAUAGUAUACCAAAGGCAUAUCUCUUGAGAGGUUACAGGCAUGGGUGAAAGGAAGCUAAAUAAAUCUCUUAAGCAGAAAGAGGGUCUGGAAAGAUGCCAGUAGGAGGUGGCCCCAGGUUCAGUUUUGAAGGGGCUGGCCAGGUGAGGAAAGAGAAGGGCAGCAUAUCAAGUGAAAGAAUGAGUCUCUCACCAGUAGGGAGUUUAGAGAAGAGGGGACCACAAGAAGUAUGGGAAGAGGCCAUGGUCGUAGGAAAUGAGGCUUGAGAGGUGGCUGUGGCCACAUCAACAGAGAUCUUAAUAGUACGUUAAAGGAUUUGAACUUACCUAACCUCCCUGACCGGGAGCCAUGGAGUCAGGCCAGGGAAUGGAGGCUCAGGUGUCAUUGUGGUUAGACUGUGGUGCCUGAGUGCAGAGCACCAGCGAGGCAUGUCUUGUCACCCACAGCUGCAGAUAGCCAGGGCCGACUAAACCACACAUAAAGAUUCCUGUGCCUCCCUGCCCAGUGCUCCCAGGAGCCCCCUCUUGGCAGAGCCUUACUAACCUUUCCAGCCCCUUGCAGACUCCACAUGUCCCCUUUCACUUUCUUACCCAUCGUGUUGUCCUCCCUCGUCAGUGACUAACAAAGACUUCUUUUUGUCUCCUGCCUAAUAUGGAAUGAUUUGCUUUUAUUUGGUAGUUGUUUAUCCUUGGCUUUAAGAGACCCUCAGGUGGUAGAAAACACCAGACCUACUUUGUAAUCUCUGAUGAUAAAUGACAGGCAGUAUUUCAGGACUUGUAGAUAGCCAGGAGACAGGAAGCCUGCUCCUGAGAGUGGUUAGAGCAGGGCCUCCUGCUUCCCUGUGCUGGCUGCUUUGGUCUACAGACUGCCCCAUCCAGCAGGUCUCCUCCCAGUCUACUGUCCCUUCUCUGCUGAAGACUUCCCCGCUUUUCAAAUCGAGUCCCUCAUUCCCUCCUUGGACUCCCAGUUGCAUUGUCUUCUGGUGCCCAGCCAGGACGGGCUUCCUUUCUCUGAUGUACAUCCCAGGAUGGAUCCAAACCUCCUUUGUUGGCUCUGCUUCUAGUAUUGAAGUUUCUGAUGACAAAGGGUGACAUUGGAGCUGCAUGCUCUUAGUUAAUGCAAGUAAUAGACACAAUGUUAUUAUUGAGGGGCCAUCUGAACCUCUCUUGUCAGUGACUUUGGAAAUAAAAUGUACCAUGGAAAAGCUCUUUUUAUUGCUCGUUUCUCUUUUUCUUUCUCUCUUUUUUUCCUUAGGCAGGAAUUAUUAUAACAAUAAAGGAAACUCACAAAAUUUUUCUCCAAAUCCCACAACCAUAAGUCAUGAGCUGUUUUUACUUUUCCUGGUAUUCUCUUCCAGUCCCUCCUCAUCUACAGUGACAUUGACUAGAUUCAGUUUUGAGGAGAGACACUGCUGAUCCUGUAACAUGGAGGAUUGUCUUCAUACCUCAUCUGAGAAUCUGUCCAAAUUGGUCAGCUGGGCCCACAGCCAUGGGACUAUUUGCAGCCUCAUUCCAAACCUGAAACACUUGCUCUCUGAAGGUUCCCAUGGGAACCUGACAGCAAUGUGGGGCUGUAGUGCUGGCCAUGCUUAUCACUGGCCACUAACGGCUACUUGCAGAGCUGGGUCCCAAGAGAGGGUCUGUUUCCAGGAUAACAGAAGUUUUAACUCUGAUAGUCCCAGCAUAAUUGGGGUGCCCUCUGAGACACAGACUAGCCCUGUUGAAAGGUACCCUGGGCGGCCAGUGAAAGCAAAGCUAGACUGUAACCGGACCAGAGACUCUUGUGACUUCUCCUAUUGUAGUGAGCCCUCUGAACUGGAUGAAGCUGUUGAAGAAUAUGAAGAUGAGAACACCCUGUUUGACAUGGUUUGUGAGUCUUCUGUUACAGAUGAGGAUAGUGACUUUGAACCCCAGACCCAAAGGCCUCAAAGCAUUGCUCGCAAAAGACCUGGGAUAGUCCCAUCUUCCCUCCAUUCAAGCUCCCAGGCGCAGAUGAUUGACGAAUGCAGCAAUGAUGUCAUCAUUAAGAAAAUCAAACAAGAGAUCCCCGAAGAUUAUUACAUUGUGGCAAAUGCAGAACUGACAGGAGGGGUAGAUGGACCAGCCCUGUCCUUGACACAGAUGGCAAAACCCAAGCCUCAGACUCAUGCCGGUCCCUCCUGUGUAGGGUCUGCUAAACUGAUUCCCCACAUAACAUCUGCCAUCAGCACGGAGCUAGACCCACACGGUAUGUCUGCAUCCCCCUCUGUGAUCUCCAGACCAAUUGUCCAGAAGACUGCUAGGGUAUCUCUGGCUUCGCCAAACAGAGGACCCCCUGGUAGCCAUGGUGCCAACCAACAGGUGGCCAUGCAAAUGCCUGUGAGCACAUCCCAUCCUAACAAACAGAUCAGUAUCCCCUUGUCUGCCCUGCAGCUGCCUGGACAGGAUGAGCAAGUUGCUUCUGAAGAGUUCCUGUCCCAUCUGCCCAGCCAGGUCUCCUCCUGUGAGGUAGCCCUUUCUCCCUCAGUUAACACAGAGCCAGAAGUGAGCUCCAGUCAGCAGCAGCCCCCAGUCGCUCCAGCCAUAACCACUGAGGCCACAGCACAGUGCAUACCAGACCAGGAUGAAAGAGCAGCUGAGCUCAGCAGGGAGCAGAACGAGAAAACCAUCCGGAGCACGCAGACCGCGCUCCGCAAUUUCCGCGAGUUCCUCAUCUCCAAGUAUCCUUCUGAAACAAGAGAGAUUUAUGUCAUCCCUUGCAAGGAGUUGGAUGCCUACCUUGCGUCUUUCUUUGUUGAUGCCAGGCAGAAGGAUGGGUCCGAAUACGAACCCAACAGCUUGGCCAAUUAUCAGUGUGGGCUUGAAAGGUACCUCAAAGAACACAGGUAUGGCUACAGCAUCACCAGGGAUAAGGAAUUCAAGCGUUCCCAAGAGGCCCUGAAGCAGAAGCAAAUUGAACUCCGCUGCAAAGGAAAAGGAAAUAAGCCACACAAGUCCAUGAAGCUCACCUUUGCUGAUGAGCUCAUCCUGCGGAAAAGGGGAUUGCUAAGCCGAUAUAAUCCUGAGGGUUUGCUCAACCUAGUCUGGCUCAACAAUACAAAAGCUUUUGGGCAUUGCACAGGCUUCCAUGGAUCUACCUUAAAAUGGGGUGAUAUCCGGCUCCGGGUAACAGAGACGGGUCUGGAGUACUUGGAGUGGAUGGGUCAGGACACAGGGGACCUGAAUGCCAAAACCAAGAGAGGGGGGACAGACUCCCGUGUGUAUGCCACCCAGCAUGCCCCGCAGACCUGCCCCGUCCAGGACUAUAAGGAGUAUGCCCAGCGGCGGCCUCCUGCCAUGCGCUAUGAGGAUGCCCCUUUCUACUUAUCCAUCAAGCCGGUCGUGAACUUGGCGGCUCUGCAUUGGUACAACUGCCAGGCCCUUGGCAAGAACAAGCUGGCCAAGAUGGUGAAGACCAUGUGUGAGAAGGGCAACAUCCCCGGCAGGAAAACCAACUUCAGUGUGUAUCAGAGCUGCAGCACAUUGUCUGAGGCCCAGAGCAAUCAGCUGGUGCUGAUCUGUAACAAUCUGAGCCAACAGGCUGCCCAGUCAGUGGCGGGGCACUCCAACAAUGGCAAUUUCAUCGUCUCCGCCUCCUAUGACUCUUCCUCAGACACCGCUUGACCAGGUGGCUUGAGCAAGACUCCCGUUUGGUUACCGUGUCCAGAGAAACUGUGAUUAUACAGCGCUUCUCCUUCCCCUUCCUCUGCCCUCAGUGUUAAUUAACUUUAUAAAAAUAUAAAUAUAUAAUAUAUUUUUCUUUUUACAAAUAAGCCAAUGGAGAUAAUUUAGUAUUACUAACAUAGUAUUUAUAGGCUUAAGACAGAUGUAUUUGUGGGUGAUCAGAUGUAGUUACUGUUACAAACUUUACAAAACCAUAGUGGUUCUCAGGCAACAUAAAGCAGAGAGAGAAUUCUGUUUUUUAAAAACUGUCGAAAAGGAAAUUGAAAGUCAUCCUAGACUUAGAUGCUUGUGUCCUCAAUUCCUGCUUUUCAUUCCCACCCCAACUCCCAUUUUUUGUCUCCUUAAUAAAUGGCUUUAUUUUUUUAAUUUUUAAAAUUCUAUAUUAAUCAAGAGGAGACAUUAACUUCACUGCUUACACAAAACUGUAUUCAGCUAGAUCCAGAAUAUGAAAGUGUUGUAUAAGCUCAACAUCAAAUUAUUUACAUGUUCUCUUUUUAACUUAGAGUUUUAGCUCCUGUGCCUCAUUUUUUACAGUGUACGAAAAUCUAGAUGUUUAGCUAACAUCUUUUCUUUUGGGGGGGGAAGGGUAGAAGGAGGGAAUAAAGGUGCCAUUCUUUUAGGGAGGUACGUAAUUUUAAAAUAAUAUGCAAAAUCUAAUAUUCUGGCUAAAAGGACUGUUACAUAGCUCAUUUUAACUAUUGUGCUUGAACCUGGAUAGAAUGUUUCUUUUUUUGUCCCUAAGAAAUGGAUAUAAAUCAAGUUUGACAAGAAAUUUAAACCUACCAAAGCUUUGAAAAUGUUACCAAGCAUUAGACUGCAUAUAAAGAGAAGGUAAAGAGUGGGAAGUCUUACUAAAAAUCUGGAAGCAGUAGUCGAGACAACAAAAAAAACUCUUCGUCUUCAAAGUUCAUAUUCCCCAAAUUAUUUAUAUAGAAGCAUUAAACAGUCUCUUUUCUCCUGGGGCAAGGAGAGGUAUUUGACUCUGUAGUUGAGAUCAAAGGAAUAUUGACACUCUUGAAAAUGUGCGAGAUUCUUCUGUAGUAAAUAUAAAUGCAUUUAUCUGUGAUAUCCUGCAAUUAUUAUAAUAAUUUUGGUUAAACAUUUGUGGCAGUUUUCCCAAACUCUUUGUUUUCAAGUCUUGAAGCCUGUGGUGAAUUAUUAAGUUAUUUCAAAAAUAAAUUAAAUUUAGACAUUAGAACCACAAGAAAGCUGAGCUAGGUUCCUAUCCCAUGUAAUCAGAAACACACAUAAAUUCCAAAUCCUGGUUGUUUCACUGGACCUGAGAAUUCUAUUGGGAGAUAUUUGUUCUUCAAGGCUACCUCAUAAUUCACAUUAGCUAGAAAGGUAGGUGGUAUUUUGUACAUUAAUUUGGUAUAUAACCAGAACAACUUCCAUUCUGAAUUGCUUUGCUAAAUCAUCACAGAGCUGAGCUCUCCCAUGGUCAGGGAACUCCUUCCAACACCAAGUCAUAACCAUAUAAAGACCUGUUCAUCUAAGCUGUGACCUUUCAUUUGGCUCAGGAGUGGGAAGUCAGCCGUGGACUUUGUUUGGUGAAAUUAACCUCAUUCUCAUGGCUUUUCCUCCAUAGAGAAACGUUUAUUUACACAUCCAGAGACAAGAAGAAAGGCAGAGAAUGUCUUGCUUUAUGUUUUUGUAUUGAUAAUGGUGAGAGCUGCCAUUUUUGAGCCAGCAUGCAUGCCAGCACUGUGCCGAGUGACUUACAUGCAUCACAUAUGUAAGUCAUAGUUACUAAUC